AUGGAUUCCUUUAUUUUUAAUUUGUACCAAUAUUUUUUCGAAAAGAACCAGCAAAUUUCUAAACAUGAAGACCAUUCUAUAGACUCUUUGACCAAUAUGAUGGAAGAAUGGCAUUCAAUUUCGUCAUCAUCAACAAUAAAAUCAAUGAAUUCGAAAAAUUCGAUUGAGAUGUAUCCAAGUCGAGAUGAAAUCGACUCGUCCCUUGAUAUCAAAGAAAAAUCAAAAGAUACUAAUCCUAUUACAAAUACACACCAAAUACCACCACGCUGUACAGAAUUAUAUCAAAGUUUACAAAAUACUGUAAAGGAAUUAGAAGAUCAAAAGUUCAUGUUCAACACGCAACUUAAAGGAUUGUCAAUGAAUUUGAACAAUAAUAAUAUUCGUUUAGUUUCUGUCGAAAACGAUGUUAAAAACAUAAUCCUAAAACAUAUGGAUCUCUCUAAAAUGUACAAAUCACUACAAGACCAACUCGAAAUGGUUUCGGGGAAGAUCAAUGUGAAGUUCGAUCAUUUGGAACAGUUAAGCCAUAAUAUAGCUACAACUGAUGAGUAUUAUGGAUCAAUAAGUGAUUAUUAG